GAGGGGCCCGCGCUUUCGGCGGCUUCCGUUAAAAUGGCGGCCUCGGCGCUGGCGGCGCUGGCGGUGCCUUCGGGGCCGUAGCCCGUCCUUGCGCCGGGAGCCCGCGGGGCCCGCGUGGGGCGUCCGGGCGAGGAUGGCGACCCCGGACCACAAGUCGCCGAACGUCCUGUUGCAGAGCCUGUGCUGCCGGAUCCUGGGCAGGAGCGAAGCUGACGCUGCCCAGCAGUUCCAGUAUGCUGUGCGGGUCAUCGGCAGCAACUUUGCCCCGACUGUUGAGAGAGAUGAAUUUCUGGUAGCCGAAAAGAUCAAGAAAGAGCUUACGCGACAAAGAAGAGAAGCAGAUGCUGCGUUGUUUUCAGAACUUCACAGAAAACUUCAUUCACAGGGAGUUUUGAAAAAUAAAUGGUCAAUUCUCUACCUCUUGCUAAGCCUUAGCGAAGAUCCACGCAAGCAGCCACACAAGGUUUCCAGUUAUGCCACGUUAUUUGCUCAAGCUUUACCAAGAGAUGCUCACUCAACCCCCUACUACUACGCCCGGCCUCAGACCCUGCCGCUGAACUACCAGGAGCGCAGCGCGCAGUCGGCACAGAGCUCUGCUCUGGGGAGCAGCGGCGUGAGCAGUAUAGGCAUGUGCACGCUGAACGGCCCAACCCCGACGCCUCAGUCUCUCCUUCCGGGACAGUCUCACCAAGCUCCAGGAGUUGGAGAUGCUCUUCGGCAGCAGCUGGGGUCACGCCUUGCAUGGACUUUAACUGCAAACCAGCCUUCUUUACAAAGCACUACCUCAAAAGGCGUCCCCAACCCUGUGGCUCGCAGUGUGACAAGGCCAAGGAGAGAAGGGGAUGCAGGUGGUGCUGUGGAAGUCACCGAGGCAGCCCUCGUCAGAGAUGUUCUGUACGUCUUCCAGGGCAUAGACGGCAGGAACAUCAAGAUGAGCCCCACGGAGAACUGUUACAAAGUGGAGGGGAAGGUACAGCAGCUGAACCUGCCUCGGGCAAACUUAAAUAAAUCUUUGAGGGAUACGACAGUCAGACUUGCUGAGUUGGGAUGGUUACAUAAUAAAAUCAGAAAAUACACUGACCAGAGGAGUCUAGACCGUUCAUUUGGACUUGUAGGUCAGAGCUUUUGUGCCGCCUUGCACCAGGAACUCAAAGAAUACUACCGGCUACUCUCUGUUUUACAUUCCCAGCUCCAGUUGGAGGACGAUCAGGGUGUGAAUUUGGGCCUGGAGAGCAGCUUAACACUCCGGCGCCUCCUGGUUUGGACGUAUGACCCCAAGAUAAGACUGAAGACCCUGGCGGCCCUGGUGGACCACUGCCAAGGAAGGAAAGGAGGUGAGCUGGCCUCUGCCGUCCACGCCUACACGAAAACUGGAGACCCGUACGUGAGGUCCCUGGUGAAGCACAUUCUCAGCCUCGUGUCACACCCUGUCCUGAGCUUCCUUUACCGCUGGAUAUAUGAUGGGGAGCUCGAGGACACCUACCACGAGUUUUUUGUAGCGUCAGAUCCAACAGUUAAAACAGAUCGACUGUGGCAUGACAAAUACACUUUACGGAAAUCAAUGAUUCCUUCGUUCAUCACGAUGGAUCAGUCUAGGAAGGUCCUUUUGAUAGGAAAAUCAAUAAAUUUCUUGCAUCAGGUUUGUCAUGAUCAGACACCCACUACAAAAAUGAUCGCUGUGACCAAGUCUGCAGAAUCUCCCCAAGAUGCUGCAGAUUUAUUCACAGAUCUGGAAAACGCCUUCCAGGGGAAGAUCGACGCGGCUUAUUUUGAGACCAGCAAAUACCUGUUGGAUGUCCUCAAUAAGAAGUACAGCUUGCUGGACCACAUGCAGGCUAUGCGGCGGUACUUGCUUCUCGGUCAAGGAGACUUUAUAAGGCACUUAAUGGAUUUGCUCAAACCAGAACUUGUCCGUCCGGCUACCACUUUGUAUCAACACAACUUGACUGGAAUUCUCGAAACGGCUGUCAGGGCCACCAACGCCCAGUUCGACAGUCCUGAGAUCCUCAAGAGGCUGGAUGUGCGGCUGCUGGAGGUCUCUCCCGGCGACACCGGCUGGGACGUCUUCAGCCUGGACUACCAUGUUGACGGACCGAUCGCAACUGUGUUCACCCGGGAGUGCAUGAGCCACUACCUACGAGUAUUUAACUUCCUGUGGCGGGCUAAGCGGAUGGAGUACAUCCUUACCGACAUUCGGAAGGGACACAUGUGCAAUGCGAAGCUCCUGAGGAAUAUGCCAGAGUUCUCCGGGGUGCUGCACCACUGCCACAUCCUGGCAUCCGAGAUGGUCCACUUCAUUCAUCAGAUGCAGUAUUACAUCACGUUUGAGGUGCUUGAAUGUUCUUGGGAUGAGCUUUGGAACAAAGUGCAGCAGGCCCGAGACUUGGACCACAUCAUUGCCGCGCAUGAGGUGUUCCUGGAUACCAUCAUCUCCCGGUGCCUGCUGGAUGCUGACUCCCGAGUGCUCCUAAACCAGCUGAGAGCCGUGUUCGAUCAGGUCAUCGAGCUGCAGAGCGCCCAGGACGCCGUGUGCAGAGCCGCCCUGGAGGAGCUGCAGAGGAGGCUGCGGUUCGAGGAGAAGCAGCAGCAGCGCGAAGUCGAGGGCCAGUGGGGAGUGACAGCUGCCGAGGAAGAGGAGGAGAAGCAGAGAAUUCAAGAAUUUCAAGAAUCCAUACCCAAAAUGUGUUCACAGUUGCGAAUAUUGACACACUUCUACCAGGGGGUCGUGCAGCAGUUUCUGGUGUUGCUGACGACCAGCUCGGACGAGAGCCUCCGGUUUCUCAGCUUCAGGCUGGACUUCAACGAGCACUAUAAGGCCCGCGAGCCGCGGCUCCGAGUGUCCCUGGGCAGCAGAGGGCGGCGCGGCUCCCACACGUGAACGGCCCGUCCUGCAGCUGCAAGGUGACGACGGCGGUCCCGAGGUGGCUCCCCAGACGCCCGGCCUGCUGUGGCACCCAGGGGCCUGCCUGCAAGUGCUUCAGUGUCCUGACGGCGUCACGGAGGCCACGCUUCGCAUACUGGGGUCGGAUGUGUCUGUAAUACCAUUCAGUUAAAUAGGCUGGUUUGCACUGUUCAGAUUUAUUUUUUAAAGUCAUAUUUAAAAGAUGCUAUGCUUUGUUGAGGCUUCUGAAGCUCUCCAUGAUAUUUAUAUUUGUCACUUUUUAAAAACUCACUUUCUUUUAGAGAAAAUUAGGGCAGUGGAUAUUCAUCAGUUAAGAUGGUAAUGUCAUUGCUAUUUUUUUAACAUCCUCUUUAGAGGCAGUUUUUGUUAAUAUAAUCAAAUUAAAUUGAAACCAAAUGUCCCUACCAAGAAACUAUAGAGAGCAUUUUAUUUUGUUUUUUAGUGUAAAAUAACCUCUGUAAGAACCUUUCUAUCUAGUACAUUUACACAUGCUAAUUCUUUUCUCUCCCUUCAGAGUUUACAUUUUUAUAUUUAAUUUACUCUUUCAGGCAGCUUCUAGAGUAAUGUAGGACAAAGUAGGAGUGGGUGUGCCAGAAACAUGCGUAAGCCUAGAUUCUGGAGCCGGUGAAGCAGUGUGUGAACACGGUGGCCCGGAGAGUUACCGAGUAUUUUAUUUUCAAAAUUCUGAUAAGCGUUGGGAAGAAAUUGACUUGAAUAAUGCAGAGCUCUCUUUUCCUUGCCUAUUUUUUCAUUGUAAAUAUUUAUAUACUACUGACCAGAGGCUGGGGGAACUGUUUUUUGUAAAAAUGUCAUAUCAAGUCACAUAAAUCUGCCUUUAUGAUGUAUAAGUGAAAUCUUAGGAAAUUAAAAGCGAUUAUCUUUCACA